UUCGUUAAAGUCAUUCAUCUUUUGGUUUUAUAUAAAAUUAUAGGUCUUAGGGGACCCUAGUAUUUUACUAGACGGACUCGCAGGUGAGACUAAUCCCAAGUACUCACCCCCUCCGUAAGGAGGGCCUCCACGUGGUGGUCCCUGGUAACGCUUUAUAGCGGCUAAUGCGAGACAUACCCGCUUUCUUCUUAUCCCUAACACUCCUAACUGUAUUUACUCUAAACUCCUCUCCUAAUUCUUCUCAAUUUUCCCCCAAUCCGGAAUUGCGCGUGUUUAUCGGAUUUGUUUGCAGUCGGGGGUAACAGACUGUAUUCUAGCGUCGCACCUCACUGAUACCUGCCCGCCUCAGUGAGUAACUGUGGGCUUACCGUGUUAUCGGGGGCUAUGACACGGCGGACCUCAAAUCCCCCACACUCGUGGGAUUUAAUUAUGGAAAAAAACAAUUUUAAUAAAAUCAAUAAACUAGCGGCCUUAAAUACCGCAUUUCAACUAACUAACCAGGUGAAUUAUAAUAUCCGAAAUAAUAAUCACCAGGUUCCGUCUCCUAAAUGGAGAACAGAAAGCAAAGACACCAAAUUCAAUAAAUUUAGUUCGUUGCCGCACACAACAUCUGCAACUACAAGAUUUAUAACUAAACCAAAUGAAAGUAUAACAUUUAUGGGCUCUGGGGAAUUUUCUACACCGAAAGGGAUAUAUCCACAGUCCUUCACAAAUACUUCAGUGGUGCCUGAACGUACUAUCUCAUAUAGAGGGGUUAGAAGAGCAUUUGGUCUAAGUGGUGCAGGUGCGAAAUGGUAUUUACGUUAUGUUCAAGAAGGCUUUUCGCCGGAAGAAGCUAAACAGAAGGUUCUCGAACGUACUUCAAAUACGAUAAAACGCGGUGCACAUGUAAAUUAUUCGACUUAUGGAAACCCUGCCAAAAAAAGCAGGGAAGAUGCGAAGACGCAACCUUCACCAAUGCAUGAUGUAUUGAAACCUGCUUUAAAGUCAGUUGCAUUAAAAGUAAAAACUGAUCCAAAAUUAGAUGCAUUAAAAACUGCAUUUAAGGAUGCGUUAAAACCUACACCAGGUGUCAAAACACCUGGCAUCGCCAAUGGUUUAAGACUGGCUGUUGCACCAAAAGCUUACCCAGCACAUACACUAUCACGUGAGGACCAGGGGAAGAUUGAACAACUUCUUGUAAGUGAAAUGUGUAAAGGAUGGAAAUCCAAAUUAAAAUUCGAUGGCAUACACUUUCGGCCAGGCCUCAUACUAAUCGAUUGUGUAACUGAAGAAGCCGCUGAAUGGCUGGAAUUAACGAUACCAAAGUUAACCGGCUGGGAAGGUAUGGAAUUGACUACAUAUACUGAAGACAAAAUAUUUGGUCUGCACAUGAUAACCGUAUGCUUACCAAGGGCAACGGGUAUCGAAACAAAGGAUCUUCUCGAUCUAUUAAUUACUCAGAAUGACGGUCUCCAUACUCAUCUGUGGAAAGUUUUCAGCAGUAAGGAGAUAAAGAAUGGCAAAGUUCUCACAAUUCGCAUUGAUAGACGGUCUCUGGAGGCAAUUAAAGCUAACAACUGUAGGAUGUCCUACAGGUUCGGUUCAGUUCCUGUUCAUUUAAAUAAAGGAGAUGAAAAUUCAAAAGCUGACAUUGAUAAUAUGCAUGGGGCCGAAACGCGAAUAGACGUAGCCGAAAUACCAGCAAAUGUAGCUGAAAAAGUAGAUAACGAAGCAGUCGGUAGCGAUGCGCGAGAACAAGUCAAUAUAUCAUCUCACAAAAGUGAAGAAAAUGAUGACGAGGAUACGAUGAUAGAAAAUUUGGCCGAUUCAGAUGCCUCCAAUAGAGUCUCACUGUCAGACAUCGAUGAUGUUUUGGCUGUGAAUGAAAAAAAAUAAGUAGGAGGUUAACCAGUUUCGCGGUUACUCGGUGGUCGUCGUCACAACAAUAGUCGGGACUAAGUGGGAUAUAGCGCUAGUCUAAAACCCCUGGAUUUUCAUAGAUUAAGUCCGGACUGUUGCUGCAACAAAUAUGCAGAGCUGCUAUUUAAGAGUCAGUAACUUGAAUCUCGAUCAAUAUGAAUGAGAACCCAUGACACAUGAUCGUAAUAACAGCAAAUUUAACAGAUGAUAACACCCGAGUAAAUCG